AUGGCUAAAGUUAACAUAUUAGAUGUUGUUGUUCUAGAUAACCCGUCACCAUUUCUUAACCCUUUUCAAUUUGAAAUCACUUUCGAGUGUUUGGAAGACUUAACGGAAGAUUUAGAAUGGAAAAUAAUCUAUGUUGGUGCUGCAGAAAGUGAAGAGUAUGAUCAAACACUUGACUCCGUUCUGGUUGGUCCUAUUCCUGGAGGGAGACACAUGUUUGUUUUUCAGGCUGGACCUCCGAACACAGAUAAGAUCCCGGUUGCUGAUGCUGUAGGCGUAACAGUUGUGUUAUUGACAUGUUCUUAUAGAAACAGAGAAUUCAUCAGAGUAGGUUAUUAUGUUAACAACGAAUACAAAGACCAAGAAUUGAGAGAGGAUCCACCAUCGGUUCCACAAUAUGACAAGCUGGAAAGAAGUUUAUUAGCCACCAAUCCUCGAGUGACACGAUUUAAAAUUGACUGGGAUGACAAUGGUGAAACACCUGCCGAUGAAAAUGUGCCACCAGCAACAAACACAGAAUCAGAAUCUAACCAAAUGUGUGUAGACAAUAAAGACAAUGUGCUGAACAAACCUGUGGCAGCAGUUAUGAACAACAACAGCUCAAGUCUAGGGACAAGCGAUAAUAUAAAAAUGGAAAUGUGAUCAUCAUGUUAUCGUCUUGUUCAUUAUUGUGUCAAGUUUCUUCAUCAAAAGCCAGUGUGUGCUUGGAUAACAAUUUACAUUUAAAUUAGUAGCAAACCAUUCUCUAAGCACGUGUUUGAUAUAGUUCUUAUUAAAUUUCAUCAACUCAUUUAUACGAAGUGCCCCAGUGUAGAGGUAAAAUAAGGUUAAAAGUUUAUUAGUACAGUUUUUUGUGUUCUAAUAAAAUGAGUUGUUUUGUUCCAGGGUUUAAAACCUAAGCCAUGUGUCAUGCCUGUUGAAGAUGAAAUAAAUGCUAUUAUUAUUAUCAAAUUUCAAAUUAUAAUGCCAGGGUGGUGUUUGGUGAUCAGUACAUGUAUGCAAACUACAUUUGCAUUUCAUUUGUGGUAUAUUAAGUAUUAUUAGUCAUUGUACCUUCUUUUGCACAGUUCUUUUGUUAACGACUUUUUUUUUCAAAGCCUCAAUUUUUAGAAAUUAAUACCAAAAUGAAAGGCUCCAGCUGGCCCCAUCCAAACAACAUUGUCUUUGUAUUUACUAUUUACAUCUGUUAAAUAGGUAGUUCAAUAGAGAUCAGAUAUAUUUACAAAAUCUACCUUCUUGAUUAGGGGAAAUAAGUUAGUGUUGAAGUCAAGGUUUUAAUGAUAAAUAAGUAAAAAUAUAGCAAAAUUAGGGCUUUAGUUUGUAGGAAACAAUUUUGUGUUGAACUUAGUUCCUCAGUGGUGUUGUAGCACUUGCUCACAUAUUUACCUUAUAUGUUAAUAGAAAUACAAACCCUGUUUGUAUUUGUUGAUCACCAGGAGAACACUUGUGUAAUUACUUAAUGCCAUAGUAUAUUUAAUAGGAGUCCUGGGUAAUAAUCUAGUGCUAUUAUUUAGGGUUGAUUUGUCGGAAAUAAUCCCAGUGUGAUCAGUGUGGAACGAGAGAUUAAGCUUGCUUCAAAGUUUUUAUGUGACUUUUUGGAUAUAGAGGAAAAUGUACUGAGAAAUGUAGGCAUCAGUGUCAUUUUGUUCUGAUGACUUAUCUAUCCUCAAACUGGGUACUGAUUCCUUCAUAAAUGGGCUGUUAAUGAUAACAUUGCUGUUUCUGAAAGUUUAAGCAGUUUUUUGUAAUAAGAAAUUUAAUUUGAUUCAAAGUAAGUUUUUUUAUGAUCAUUUAAUAACAUGCUGCAGUGUAUAAGCUAAGUAAUUCAUGGUAAAGUUUUAAAUGUUCAUAUAUAAGAAAUUGAUUGAUAUCCUGUGUUUAAAACUUUAGGCAAGUGUUAAAUUUUGAUGGGACAUACAUGCAAGUCACAAAACAACAUUUCAUCCUCUGGUAUCUAGAAAUACAUAUUUGCAUAAUUAAAUGUCAUAAGCAUCCUAUCAUUUUUUAACAAGAAUUUAUGUUUGAUAUAGCAAACAUGCAUUUGCCAAACUUUUCACUAACAGGUCAUUUGUUAGCACAUGUAAUUGUCACAAAUAGUGUUGAACUGAUUUCAGCAUCUUUUAACAAAUAUGAUAAAAAAAUGUUGUGCAAUGUAUGUAUACAUAACUUGUACAUCAAGGUUGAGCAAAGUGUAUAAUUGACUUCAAUUUUUUCUUGUAAUAUCUUCCAAUCUUCACUGUAGUAAAUGUGAUGGUUGUACCAUAUGGUAUGCACAUCAUAUGAGUGCGACGUGCUUGAAGGCUUUGAAUGUUUACAUUUUUAGUUUUGCACCAAAACAGCAUUUAAUAUGAUGUUUAUAUGGCUUUAUCUAAAUUACAAUUACAAUCUAUAUAAUUAACACAAAAAUAACUAUCAUAUUUACACCAUAUUCCAGUUGGAAUAAGGAAAUAAAAGGUGUUGGUACAGGAAUUUUCAGAUUUUUGUAAGGGUUCCAGAAUUGAAAAUAUAAAAAUACUCGUUAAAAAAAAAGAUUUACGUACCAUGUAAGUCAUCUACUGUAAACGAAACAUGUACCAGUACACAAUAUGAAUUAGCAGAAGAAAAAUAUGUAUAGUAAAUAAUACAGCUGUAUUUGUAGCAUUACCAACUAUCCAAUGUAAAUGAUCUUUUUAAUCUAUAGAUCAGUAUGGAAAUCAUUGUUUGGUAUGAACAUCAUAAUCAAAUGGCCUUGACAUCAAAUAUUGAUUUUCCAUGUAGGGAUGAAAACAUCAUAGACAUUUUUAUUCUGAUUGUAUGGCAGUGUAAAUGCGUUGUUAAUUUUGUGUAAAUUAUAUAGCAAACAAUUGUUGCAUAGACAAUGCCAUAGAAAAUAUGAUGCAAAUGUAAACAUUCAAAGCACUUAAGUCUGACGCUAUCAUGGGAUGUAUGCACCAUAUGGUACAAUCAUCACAUUUAUUACAGUUUAUCUCUGAAGAAGAGGAUUUGUUUCAUCAGGAUGGUAAUGAUGUUUAUACUACAUACUUUUUAAAUGAAAAUUGUUACAUCUUGGUAUUGAUCAAAUGUUUUUGGACCAUGGGAAAUUUUUUUUUUUUUUAUAGAAAAUGUUUUCCGUGAUAUAUUAAUAAUCCUGGAGAGGACCAAGGCUCCUGCAAAAUGAAAUUGUCCCCAUUUCCCCAGUGUAUAGGAUGGUCCAUUUUUAACAUAAACUGAAAAUUCCUGAUAAUGGCCUUUUUCCCUAUGAUGUAUCAAGUCAUGUUGAUGUUACCUAUAUGUUAAGUAAUAGAACAGUCUAUACACAAAUAUUUAUUUCAUCGAGGGAAAGAACUUUGCAAAAACUUGUUCAUUGUGUUUCGAAAUGGAAAUGCUAAUGAUAUUCAAUGUAUUGUUCAUUAUUUAAUAUAUAUGUGUGUAAUCAGGGAUGUAUGAGAGACAUUCCUGGUGUAAUGUACUUCAUAUAGGUAGAGUAUUCACUUUUGUGAAUUUGAAAAAUUUUAUACUUGAAAAAUACAAUAGUGUAUUUGAUCAAUUAAAAUAAACUGAGUAAAAAAAUCA